GCAAAAACAGCGAGAUCCUGAGCCGAGCGGAGCCAGGACGCGAGCAUCCCAGUCUGCGUCGAAAUGAGGGAUGGGGAAGCCAAGGCGUCGGAAACAGGGAGACCCCUUUAUGAGGACCUCCAGCCUCGCACCUCCCACAGUUUCCAUCUCAGUGGCAUGACCAUGCAGCUAGGCCCAGCCAUAGUGCUGGGGGUGGCCCUGUGCCUGGGGUGUGGCCAGUCCUUGCUGCAGGCUCCUGAACGCCCCUUCUCUGUGCUGUGGAAUGUACCCUCAGCACACUGUGAGGCUCACUUUGAUGUGCACCUACCACUCAGUGCCUUGGGCAUCAUAGCCAACCACGGCCAGCAUUUCCAUGGCCAAAAUAUUACCAUCUUUUACAAGAACCAGUUUGGCCUCUAUCCCUACCUUGGGCCCAGGGGCACAGUUCACAAUGGGGGCAUCCCCCAGGCUGUGCCUCUAGAUCGCCACCUGGCACAGGCUGCCCACCAGAUCCGCCACAGCUUGGAACUCAGCUUUGCUGGCCUGGCAGUGCUGGACUGGGAGGAGUGGUGUCCACUCUGGGCUGGAAAUUGGGGCCGCCGUAAAGCCUACAAGGCAGCCUCCUGGGCUUGGGCACAGCAUGUGUUCCCUGACCUGGACCCUCAGGAGCAGCUCCACAAAGCCCAUAUUGGCUUUGAGCAGGCAGCCCGUGCACUGAUGGAGAACACCCUGCAGCUGGGCCAGGCACUGAGGCCCCAUGGGCUCUGGGGUUUCUAUCGAUACCCAGCCUGUGGCAAUGGCUGGCACCGUAUGGCUUCCAAUUACACAGGCCGCUGCCAUGCAGCCACCCUGGCCCGCAACACCAAACUGCAUUGGCUCUGGGCUGCCUCCAGUGCUCUCUUUCCCAGCAUCUACUUCCCACCCAGGCUGCCACCUGCCUACCACCAGGCCUUUGUGCAACACCGCCUGGAGGAGGCCUUCCGUGUGGCCCUCACUGGGUACCCACAUCCUCUGCCUGUCCUGGCCUAUGUCCGCCUCACACACCAGCGCUCUAGGAGGUUCCUGUCCCAGGAUGACCUGGUACAGACCAUUGGUGUGAGUGCAGCACUGGGGGCAGCCGGCGUGGUGCUCUGGGGGGACCUGAGUUUCUCCAGCUCUGAGGAGAAGUGCUGGCAUCUCCAUGACUACCUGGUGGGCACUCUAGGACCCUAUGUGAUCAAUGUGACAAGAGCAACCAUGGCCUGCAGUCACCAGCAGUGCCAUGGUCAUGGGCGUUGUGCUCGGCAAGACCCAGGACAAAGGGAAGCCUUUCUGCAUGUGCAGCCAGAUGGCAGCCUUGGAUCUUGGGAGUCCUUUAGCUGCCGCUGUUACCAGGGCUGGGCUGGUCCCACCUGCCAGGAGCCCAGACCUGGGGGUAGACCUAAGGAAGCAGCAUAAAGCCAGAAGUCUCUGUCCAUCUCUUUGCCUCUUGCCACUUUCCUGGUUCUGUAGGAACUCCCACCUGCUCUAUUCAGCUUGCAGUCAACCUUCCCAAAUACACGCUCCACUUCUGUUCAGAUCCUUUAAGGGUGAAAAGGGUGGUGGGGUUGGGAGGCUUGUAAAAAGGCUCUCUGAGGUCAUCUGACUCUUCAAAAACUGCCAAUCUAAGGCUUUGUUCCUACACCUCACAUAGGUCACAGGAGACCCAUCCAAGGGCAGAGAGGCCCCCAAAAGAUCUGAGUUAAGAUCUGGUUUAAGAUGUUGUCUGUAUUGUGUUUUCAUCAUAAAGUCACUUUUUCUUUAA